GGAAAUAAAAAGCAGGAUACGUGGAUUUCGAAGGCCAUUGUUGAAUUUAAGUGCACAUUCAUUUGCAACAGUUAUCAACCAAGCAUUCGGAAGACCCUUGUAUCCACUCUUUGAUCCCUACAUCAACGAUAUCAAUUAUAUGCUUUCCUCCUACAUCAUCCCUUACGUUGGUCUCACCGGUUAUGUUGGUGCUACUCCAAAACUUAAAAAUCCUCUUUCCAGAAAGCUUGUAGCUGGUCUUCUUGCAGUAGAAUCAGGUCAAGAUGCAGUUUUUAGAAGCCUUCUUUAUGAACGAGCAAUGGUAAGGGUAAUCCCAUAUGGUAUCACAGUGGCUGAAUUCACUGAUAGAAUCUCCGCAUUACGAAACAAAUUAGGUCGUGGUGGCAUAAAAGAUGAAGGUCUCGUUGUCGCAACUAAUAACAUAAAGAAUAGAGGGAAAAUGACAGGAAACGUUUUAGUUGGCGACAUGAACUCCUUGGCAUACGGUCGAACACCAAAGGAAAUCCUUCGUAUUGUAUACGGAAGUGGAAAGGAACAAGUUCCUGGAGGAUUUUAUCCUCAUGGUGCAAAUGGGACCAUCGCUAGAAAAUAUUUAAAGCGCAAAAAAGAUUGA